GGAUGUUGUCUGGGAGUGUGGGAGAGGAAGGGCCGUCAGGCGAGUGUGGAUGUGUGCCCCCCCUUCUCCCUCUCUCUCUCUCUCUCUCUCUGUCCCUCAGUCUUUCUCCUCGAUCACUGUUUGCCUCUUUGCAUGUGUGCGCAGCCCCUGGGGCAGGGCAGAGGCUCGGCUGGACAGUGGUUGGACGGACGGACCGACGGCUGAAAUUGAAGCGUAAAUGUCCGACGGAGCGAAGAAUGGCAGCGACAGUCUUAAAGAUGCCCCGCUCCCUGUGGAGAUCUGGCCAGAGCUCGAGAGGGCGGAGAGUCUCGCCCGGGGUGCGGCAUUGAAAUGGGCGUCAGGUGUGUUCUGUCGCCCCGAGCAACUGGAGAGACUGGGACAAUACAAGAAGAGAGAGACCCAAAGGACAUCCUCGAUUCACUCAAGACUAAAGUCGGUGGUGCAGUCCUACCUGGAGGGUGUGGGCUGGGGCCUGGAGCAGCUGAGAGACGCGCGGGAGGAGCUGAGGGAGGUGUCGCACACCAUGCAGAAGGUCAGCGCCGAGGCCCAGAAGGCCGUCAGCGGAGCCUCCGCCCUGCAGGAGCUGCAGGAGGUCGCCGACAACCACUGCCAACUGCUGGCCGCCGUUAGCAACCUCCCUCGCCUCUACUUAGUGAAGAGUAAGGUGUUGGAGACGGAGCGGCUGGUGGAGUCUCGCCGGCUGCUGGAGGCUCACGCACGGCUGAUGGAGCUGGAGCGCUGGCAGGAUGAGGUGCUGCUCCAGCUGUGUGCUCCGGGCGGGUGCGGGGGCCCGAGCCUGGCGCCCGAGGACGAGCUGAUGGUGCGGGACUACUUCUCGGGCGUGGGGCUGGUGGACGCGCUGGGCAAGGAGUUGUGGACGGUGGUCGGGAGCAGCCUGGCGCAGGCACGCCAGAACCCCACGCUUCUGGUGUCGGCCGUGAGGAUCAUUGAGCGCGAAGAGGCGCUGGACCAGGCCCUGCUGGAGGAGAGGGGCAGCGUGGGGGGGUGGGCCGGGAUGGCCAACUCCAAACCUCUGCCACCGGGCAGACCGCGCUGCUGGAGGGAACGCUUCUUCAAGGUGAUGGAAGAGGCGGUUUCGGCACGUUUCCGUAGCGUCUCCUACCUCCACACACGGGGGCCGGGGCUGGCCGGCCACCUGUCCGCGCUGCAGCACACCGUCAUGGCGGACCUGGCCACAGUGCGGCACCUGUUGGAGCAGUGCGUGCCGCCGCACUACCGCCUGACGCAGGCCUACCUGCGCGCCUGCCACCACUGUCUGCAGAGCCACCUGGGCCAGGUGAGCAGCUGGGACCUGGAGAGUGGAGAGAUAUUCGCCGUGCUCAACUGGGUGCUGCACAUCUACAGCAGUGUAGAGAUGAUGGGUCAGCCGGACCUGGUGGCUGAGAUGGCACAGGAGGAGCUGGGGCCGCUCAUCACACAGGAGGGCCUGGAGCAGCUGCAGAACAAAUAUGUGCAGAGCGUACGGAGAAGUGUGUCAGAGUGGAUGCACAAAGCUCUGGAGGUGGAGCUCACUGACUGGCAAAGAGACCAGGAACCGGACACUGACCAUGAAGGCUACUACCACACAAGCCUGCCCACUAUUCUCGCCCAGAUGCUAGAGGAGAAUGCUAGAGUGGCCUUGAUGAUCAGUGAAAGUCUCCGAGAUCAGACCAUUCAGAUGGGGCUCUACGAAAUGGAGAAUCUCCUCAACAGAUUCAGAGAAGCUCUUGUCGGAUUUGGAAAGGAGCAUCGCAAGGAACCCAACAGCGACAACAAGUUCUACCUCCACUACCUGCUGGCAUCUAUCAGCAACUGUAUCAUCCUCAAACACUCCACGGAGAGUCUUCAGAGGCAGUUGAGGCCUCCUGCCCCGGGCCGGUUCUCCCGGGCUCUCCCUGGGACCCUGGCUGCUCUGGAGCGAGCAGUGAAGAAGGCCUGUCGCCUGGUCAUGGACCAGCUGCUCCUGGACAUCCAGCCGUACCUGCAGGGCAUCCUGACCCGCUCCUGGCUGACCCAGGGCAACAUCACCCCGAAGCUCUGCAGCGUCCUCGAGCACCACUGGGAGCUAUACGGCAGAGUCAGACCGCCCUGUCGAGAGCGCUUGCAGGAGGAGAGCCAGUGGCUGACAGUGAUGGAGUACGUGCGCGCAUUAAUGCAGAAGAGAUUAGUUUGCCGGAACACAGAGGAGCGUCAACAACUUGCAGAGCGGAUGUCACAGGAUGCUCAACAAUUUAGGGAUGUGUUUCAAAGCCCAGAGGCCGAGGGGACGGACAGUGAGAUUAAUCAUAUCGCUCUGCUGAGUGUGCUGGCUGACUUUAUCCAGCUGAGGGACCCCAGCAUGUUGUCUCUGGAAGUCUCGGGACUGGUCGCCAAGUACCCUGAUAUCAGUGAGGAACAUGUGCUGGUGUUACUGGAAGUGAGGGGGGAUGUCUCCAGGGAGAUUCGAGGGACAGUAUUGGACUUACUGGAAAGCACUGCUCCAAAACUGCCGCCAGGAUAUCGGCCAUUGUUUUCUGAUAUUCUGGUGCCAGCUCCUAGCAUGUCAUUUUGCUUGCCUACGCCCAAGUGUGCUUGACCGAAGCAUCUUACUCUCCUAGGACAUCAGCCCGCCAACCGUGCUGGAGAGUCACACAAGUGUGUCCUCUCUCCCUCGCUGCAACCCUGGCCUGUUUCUGGGCUCUUCUGACCAGUGCCUUCAGUAUACUUUCAUUCAACUAAUCUUUGUGACUCUACACACACGGAACAGUGUACCAAAAACAUUCAACUGAGAAAAAAUUGGUUGUUGUCACAUACACAGAUAUCUCUCUUGUGAAUUGUAGCUGACUGCAGGACAGUGGACCGCUUCAGAGAUGGACAUCAGAGACAAAGCUACAGGUUGCAGAACUCAUCUGCACAUAGGCUACCGUUUGAAAGAAUACUUCUGAGUUGCCUUGUGGACUAAAAGUGGCAACCCUCUUCAUCCCCUUUCUAUAUUGUGACUGCAUGGAGAACAAAAUGUAAUUGUAAUUAACCUCCGCUAAUUAGGCAUUGAUAAUAAACACUGAAUUGUAAAAUGCUGUCAAUUAUAAUUGUCCAAAGAUGUGUUGAUGGGAGAGCAUAGGCCUAUUAUCAUCCAACUAUGUUCAUGAACAAAAUGUGCAUUAUCAUGAGAAAAACCUAAUCCAGUACAGGUUUAUACACAGCACAUAGCCUACUCUAUUUUGAAAAUAGCUAGCAAACUAACGUUUUCAGCCAUCGAAAAAAUAAACCGUUCUGUGCGUCAUA